AUCAGAGUUGAGAGAUGGUAUAUUUUAUUGAAAUGUCCAAACCUCUUCUUUGGAACUAAAUAAGAAUUGUUUAUUCUAAACUGAUGCCAGCUGACCACAAUGGUUAAUUUACCCGACACAAUCGAUGAUCAUGCCAAGAAUGAUAACAAGGGCGCUAAAGAGACCACCAUGCUUCGUCUGACGAGAAAGCUGUACACACACGAAUCAGUGGAAGCUGCUUAUAAGCGUGAAGAUAAACCAGUUGAUUGGAAGGACAUUCUAAAGGGAUGUUCUUGCUCUAGGAUAUGUUCAUUUCUCUUGAAAUUCAUUCCAAUCAUUGCAGAAGUUCAGAAACCAUACAUCAAAGACUGCGUUGUGAAUGAUCUUAUUGCUGGACUCUCUGUGGCCUUCAUGCACCUGCCUCAAGCUCUUGGCUUCGGCGUCCUAGCUUCUCUUCAACCCGUCAAUGGCCUCUACACUACCUUCUUCCCACUCAUCUGCUAUGUUAUUUUCGGUACCUCUCCUCAUAUAUCUUUUGGAACCACCGCUAUCGUGUCCAUGAUGACCUCAUCGGUAGUGGAGCGCGAAGAGGCUGUUUAUUGGAGCACCCUGAAUAUUUCCUCAAAUAUUUCCAUAAAUGAUCCAGCCAUUCAAGAUCAACUGAUGGCCUACAAGGUCGAGGUAUCCAUGACGCUUUGUUUUGUGGUUGGGAUCAUUUUAACGGUAGUGGGCAUCCUGCGUCUUGGAUUCGUCUCCACGUACCUCUCGGAAUCAUUCAUUGGAGGAUUUACCUUUGCUUGUGCUAUUUAUAUAGCAACCAGCCAACUGAGCAAAGCACUCAAUAUAUCGGUUGGAAUCGUUUCUGGACCAGGGCGGUUACUGAGGUACUACAUAAUUCUUUUUUCCAAAAUCCACGAAGGUAACUGGGCUGAUUUUCUGAUCGCUGUUUUUACUGGAGUUAUAAUUCUAGCUGUAAAUAUCGGUGUGAAUGAACGCUUUAGAGAUCGAAUGAAGAUACCAGUUCCUAUUGACCUGAUAGUUGUGGUACUAGCUACCCUCAUUUCUAAAUUGGGCAGCUUUGAGUAUAAUCUAGGAGUGGAUAUAGUUGGUGAUGUAAAAUCUGGGGUACCAGCACCCCAGCUGCCGGAUCUAUCAGGAUACAUGUUCACCAGAGUGGUAGCUGAUAGUUUCCUUAUAGCGGUUGUUAUAUUUACAGCUACAAUAUCAAUGGCCAAACUGUGUGCACAGAUUCACGGCAAUACUAUCGACGAUAAUCAGGAAGCAUUUGCUUAUGGUGUUACCAACAUAGUUGCUUCUUUAUUUAUGUGUUUUCCUGCUAGUCAAGCCCAUCCCCGUACCAUGAUGCUUAGUACGUUAAAGGUAAAAUCUACAUUGAGUGGUGUAUCAUCGGCUCUGUUCGUCCUGGUUCUCCUGCUAGGAGCUGGGCCGCUGUUCUCCCAUCUACCCAUAGCUGUGUUGGCAGCCAUGAUUAUUGUUGCCAUGAAAGAUCUGUUCGCCCUUAUUAGGGUUCUACCAUAUUAUUGGAGGGUCAGCAAAUCAGAUUUCCUUAUAUGGGUAUUGACAGCCUGUGUAAGUCUUGCUACUGAUUUAGAAAUUGGGAUCUAUUUCGGAGUCUCCUUUUCAAUUUUAACUGUUAUGUUUCACAGUUGUCCACAAUGGGCAAAGGGAUAUUUAUUAGCCCGAGCCAAGGACGAGGAUCUGUAUCUGGACAAAUCAUCACGAGUUGGUUUAGAAGAUGUCCACGGCGUCAAAAUAUUCACCUUUGACUCUAAAUUAUAUUUUGCUACGGCGGAAAUAUUCCGUAAAGACCUGUACGAACAAGUCUACACCCCAGUUAAGCUAGAAAUAGUGGAAUCUGAAAAGGGUCAAGAAUUAGCGAUAUUGCCUCCUAUACAAGGGAAGACAAUCCAUCAUAUAAUUAUAGAUUGUAGUCAUAUCACUUAUAUUGAUAUCACGGGUAUAAAUAUAUUAAGACAGCUUGUUGUGGACUAUAGGCAUAUGGGUACAGAAAUAUUCCUGACUAAAGUGCCACCUUUUACAGUCACAGCCUUGGCAAAUAGUAAUUUCUUUGAUGUACUGCCCAUGGACAGUAUCUUUUUUGAUGUCAAUGACGCGGUGCAACAUGCACGUGUUUACACACAACCACCACCAGCAACUCCUUGACUAACAUUCUAAUUUUCGUUUCGUAAAUAAAAGCUUUCGUGGGACAGUCGCAAAAUUUCAACACUUGCUUCAAAACAAGUAAAUCGUGGAUAGAUCUCCACGAACCCACCCAUCCACCCACGCUCGGCUAGGUCUAAAUAUUAUAGUCAACUGCAGAUUUGGUCAAAGGUCAGGAGAUGUAAACCUCAACACUACACCUAACCCUAGCCCUUACCCAAACCUUAACCUACAUUCUCGUCAAGAAUCACGUGCCCUAGCCCUGUUUACAUCUCACGACCUUGACGAAAUCUGCAGUUGGCUCUAAUUUUUAGACUUUACCACCUACACCGCUAGAGUAAGAAAAUGUUGACAUAUUCUGUUUAUAAUUCAACAUUUAAUUUAUCAUUUUCUAUCCGCAGUGUCGUUCAACACACCCACCCAGUACCGUGGGUUAUUCCUUCGUUGGUCGCAAGUGUUUAAAUUUUACUUACUUGUAUUUGACAUAGUUGUACAUUUGUAAAUAAUUCCAUUAUAAAA